CUCAAGUAUGGCGGACAUUUUAUUAACUUUUCUUGGUAUUUUUUUCACUUUUUCGGCCUUAUUGUAUGGAGCACACCAUUUUUUUCGCUUUCAGGACUUCGACCAAGUUAGAGUUGAUAAGUUUUUUCAAAAAAAUGGCGCAAAUACUAAGGCAUUUGUUAUCGGACAUCGCGGAAGUACGAUGGAGGCGCCAGAAAACACACUCGCUGCCUUUCGUCAUGCAGCCGAAAACGGCGCAGAUGCCGUUGAAUUUGAUGUAGAUUUUACAAAAGAUGGACAUGCUAUUGUCAUACAUGACGCUACAGUCGACAGAACGACGAAUGGCACUGGUGGAGUUUGCGAUUACACUUUACAAGAGAUUAGAAAAUUAAAUGCAUUGGGUGACAUUAAAAAUAGGUACACAAAUCUGUUGAACUGAUAUUGUUCAGUGGUGUCAUCAGGACCGUAACAGCGUAACUAGACGCAAUAAUUUUUAGGGUAUGUUCAUAUAUUCAUGUUCCGGCUGACUUUUUUUUUUAAAUAUUCAAACCCUCCCCCAAUUAUCACGUCUAGUUACGGCCCUGGGGCCAGUUGUAUAAAACUCUUAAUCACUUUUUUAAUCACUAUUUUGUAAUUAAAUAGUGAUUAACUCUCAAAUACAGUGGCGUAGCCAGACCUUCAUUUUUGGGGGGGCGAAGCGAACGCCGAAGGCGCGAGACCAUCUAUGGAGGUCCGGGGACAUGCACCCCCGUGAAAAUUUUGAAAUUUAGAGUCCCUGAAAUGUGAUUUCAAGUAUUUUGGGGGUGAAAUCUUGCAGAAUUCCAAAGAUUAUAAAGUACGCUCUAGGGGGGUUCGGGGGCAUACACCCCAGGGAAAAUUUUAAAAUUUAGAGUCCCUGAAAUGUGAUUUCAAGCAUUUUGGGGGUGAAAUCUUGCAGAAUCCCGAAGAUUAUAAAGUACGUCGAAGACAUAAAUUUUCCCAGACAUUUCUAAGUUUCUACUCGCUUUUAUAUAUGAUACAGAAUAAGUCUGAUGAGAAGAAUAUUCAUGUUAUCAUAAUGCAUAUACAUGUAAAUCUAAAUCUAUUCCUCUUGGAACCAUAUCUACAACUGUUUUAACGAGAUUUUAGAAAUCAAGUUCUUCCAGUAUUUCGUCGUUUUUCUCAGUCGAGACGUACUUAAUCCGUUCCAGCUUUGAGGAUGUAACGUGUACCCCCCCCCCCCAUUUCUCUACGGAUUUAGCCUUUUUCAGAGAAUAGUUUUUUUGCGAUUGGGGGGGCGACCACCCCCCCUUGCCCCCCCUUGGCUAUGCCCCUGCUCAAAUAGGCACUUCUUAUUGGAUGACAUUUCCACUUAACUCUGAUUACCUUUAAUCACUUUUUUAUACAACUGGCCCCUGGUGUCUAUUUAAUAACCAUGCCCCCCUAUUGAGGAACUUGGAAUUCUCCAGGGUUAGGUGAUUUUUAGCCCUAGAAUACACCCUUGCAGAAAGUAUGUCAUUUGGCUAUAGAGACUCUCAGACUCAUUUUCAUGCAAGAUUACUAAAUCCAAGCUUCUCAAUCAUGAGAACGAGGCUCUGUAGCCAAAGUGACACACUUUGUACUAUGGAUUUGGGAGUGGGUAUAUUGAAUGAAACUUCCUCAGGGGUCAAAAGGAAAUUAAUUUCCUGUCCAAAUGUUAUAACUACUUAACCAAGAGGGAGACAAAAACAAGAGUUAGAUCUUUUAUAAAAUGUUUUUUAGCGAGAACUACUCAUUCACACAAGUUCCAACUCUAGUUGAAACAAUCGAGACAUGUCUGGAACUGGGAAUAAAAAUGUUUAUUGAAGUCAAGGCAUAUCAGCAUUCAGUAAAGGUAAACUUAUGAUUAAGUGUGGGGGGGGGGGUAGUCUCUCCUGCAGCAGGUAUGUGUGUGGGAAAGAAACCACUAACAUCUGCAAAGGAGGUUAGAGGGGUGAGUCUAUUUUCCAGGGGUAUACCCCAGAUUUUCGGUUUGCAGGUGCACAAGCAACAGUCAAAAUCAACUUCAACCAUUGCACACCCAAAUUAAUAUUCACAGUGCACUGGCCCACUUCCAUCCUCCCUACAAAAUCCUGAUAAACAAUUAGUCAAUUAUUUUCUAGGCUGCACUGCUUCUUAAAGAACUUUUCAAGAAAUACAACCUUUAUGAGAAAGCUGUUGUUCUAUCUUUUUAUCCUAAUGUUGUAUACCAGGUAAAUGAACUUUCAUCCCCAUCAUGUACCAUAUAUUGGUAAUGUACAAAUCUGACGUUUGAGCCAUCAGUCAGUUGUUGAUGUCAGUUGAGACUUUGUUGGUUAACCAAGUCAAAUGUCUGAGUCACUGUUCAGCUGUCUUUGUAGUUCAUUGACUUAGGACCCUACUCCUAUUUGAUUGUGAAUUUUAUUCAAUUUUGUCUUUUUUUACAUGACUCGGAUUUGACUUGGUAAAUGGAUUUACUCAUGUCAGUUUAUCAGUUGGUCUUUGUAGUCUGAUGUAAGUCCCAAUAUAGUACAAUAUAAAAUUUACACAUUUAUUUUCAGGUCCGUAAAGCAGAUCCCAAUAUCUUGGUCAUCCAGAACUGGAUUAAGCGUCAUUUAUCGUACCACCGAAAUGGCACGCCGAAGCAUUCUCAUUGGUCAAUGACAAAAAUUGCUAGAAGUUUGGAUUUACUUGUCGAGUUCUCUGUUCAUACCUGGAUCUAUCACAUUCUACGUUUUCCAGUGCUUAUCACUCAUCACAGCGAAGCUUCGGGGUAAAUGUUGGAUUACAAAAAAAUCUAGCAAAUCAUUUUGGGCUUUUUCUGCACCGACAAUCUUGGACAUAACUGGUUGAGACUACUUUCGUAUACAAAAUUUGUACAGGAUAAAUUCCAUGUUGAAUUAUGUUGCCCUUCUUAAGCUCCCGCUCACCCAACUCAAUGUUGAGCUUGUGUCAUCAUGGUAAAUUACCAAAAGUUGUUUUGGCAUUGUUUCCAACAUUUUGUCAAUGUGCAUUAACUUUGCAAUAUUGAUUGGAAUCGUCUUAAGGGUUACUGUAUGCAAGUCUUAUGUCCACGGUUGUAUGUGAAGAACCCAUGUGUGCAAACCGUAAUAACACUUUACUGUAUAAUAACAUUUUACUGUAAUAACAGUUUUAUUGCACAGUUACCAUUCACAGGUUUUCAGAAAUUGUUAGGGAGUGAAGAUAGUUGCAGUCUCUAGACUCUUAACACCCCCUACCCCCCUUAAUGUCCACCACUCAUAAAUUUUUCCUUUCAUUUUUCAGUCUCUAUGUUCAGCUGUGGAAAGAGUCAAAUGUAAGUGUUAUUGUGUAUGGUGUAAAACACAAACACGAGAAAGAUUAUUUUACGCAUCUUGGGUGCCCCGUUAUUGUCGAUAAUGUCAAGGAGUUGGCGCAACACAAUUAAUCUAAAGUUUUGAAAAUUAUUUAUGAAUAUACACAGUGAAUUACAUGUUGAAGAUAUUUUUUUAUUUACGAAUAUCAAUUUAUAUAAUUAUCUAAUAUAAUUUAUAAUAAUGAUCUAUAUAAUAUAGAAAUCACAGCAUCUGACCAUAUAGACAGUAAAAGAAUAAAAAGCAUUGCAACACAUUGCUGCAAACAUAUUAUGUGGACACUAUAUGGACAAAAACACCAUUAACCUUUGGGUAAUUCCAGCAGGAAAGUUCACUGCCCAUUGGAGCAGGGUGAAUAUUAAAAUGUACUAGGAUGUCUGAAGAGUUAGUUACAAAAGUUAGUUUUAAUUCUUUGCUGAACACAAUUGGUUCAAUGAUCUAAACAUUGUAUAGACCUGAUUUUCUUCUCUCUAUCCCAUGUUGGCUUCACAGAUGGGUGUGUAUUUAAAGAGGAAAUAAUCUGCGUAGUUGUUCCAGUAUUAACCAAGUCACUAUCGUGUGCGGUCCAAGACGUAUCCAAGCUGGAAUAAAUCCCUGCAAAAAUAACAAUGUUGUAAAAGUUAAUUAUUCUUGAUCCUCCAAAAAGUUAGGUGAUUUUAGGAAAGAUGGUAGACUUAAAUACUCAUGAUGGGUACAAAAAUUAUAACUCUGAGAACAUUUUACACAUGAGUAGAAUAGAAAACCAGCUGGAGAAGAAGGCAUAGAAGAGAGGAGUAAAAAGCAUAGUUCAGAUAAUAGAAGAAGCAAUAUCUUGAAUGAGAUAUGGUCUGAAUGGAUGAUAGAAAAUUAGCUAUGAGAGAGUGGAAGGAAUGUGUAAGAUGAAAAAGACCCAGAGGAAGAUGAAGUGAUGAAUUAAGAAAAUCAUGGAACAGAUAAGUCAACUUACACAGAGGAUGAUGCAAAUAAAUUGAGUUACAUGGAGACAAUAAACAAGAAGCAGUACCUUGUAGAAACCCAUUGGUCCAAGCUUUGCUGUAUGCCAAAAACAUUCAAAUACAUUCUACAUGAAGAUAAGGAUGUACAAAAGCAAUAUUAACAGAGUAGUCAGAGCCAAGUUGCCCAGCUAACUGGUAUAACAAGAAUUAUAAUAUCGAUGAAAUCACAAAAUAUUCUCCAAAUAAUUGCUUGCUUCCAAUCUCUGUUGGUUUCAUCACUGGAUGGGUAGAGCUGUAGUCUAGAAACCCAUAGAGGGAGUUCAAAUCCCUCUUGAGACAACAGAUUUUUCUUCCUUGCAGUGAAGGUUUUCUUACUUUAUACUCUGUUGAGUUCAUCAUUCUUGUUUUCAUCACAUCAAAAGGUUGAGUGACUGCUGUUGCUAUUGUCCCCUACAAAAAGACAAUUAAAUAUUUUAAAUUUUAAUCCACUCGUUUGAAAUUUCCUUGUUUGUCUCUUGUGAAUCUUGCUGUUCCUCAACAUACCGCCAUAAAACUCGAUGUAAAAUGUGUGAUGAUAUUGUCACAAAAGUAUCUAGGAAAUGGAUAAAAAGUUAAGGAUUAAAAUGAUGGGAAAAUGGUAACAGAACAGACCUCAGAGACUUUGUAUAAUAGACAAUUGCAGUAUGUAAUGGGCAUAAAGGUGUUCUUACCCACUCUGAAGUAAUGUUUCCUUAAUUUGAUCAUAACAAGCAACCUGGAUGCAAAGCAAGAAUUAAGAUUAAAACUUUGCCGUUUAAAGCUAAAACCUUUCUGAUGAAUAGUCUGCUUUACUCAAAAGGUUAUCACAAAAUAAUUUAACCUGCUUUGUAUGGGGAGGAAUGCAAUGUGUAGGUAUACACUGUAGACCCAUUGCACAUGACGUCACAGUGCCAGUGACGAUGCAUCUGGAGGUCAAAUUAGCAAUCUAUGCAUAAUAUAACUUUUGUAAGCAAAGCAAAUUUUGUAAAAGUUUAUAAUAAUUUUGUAUUAAAAUGGUUCAUUUUUGCACUGUGUGUGGUUGUUGUACCUGAACAGAUAUUGUUAGGGAGCAUCUGGAGGGCACUCUUAAGGAUUUGUGAUGUCAGUGCAAUGGAUCUAUACAGUCACACUAGAAUAGUCUAACCUGAGUUGAUGUAAUCAUAAUCCCACGUGACGAGGUCAUCGUUACGCCUCUCAUCCACAUUGCAAAGCCUUCUUCUCGAGCAAUUCUGAUCACGCCAUCAAUUGCAUGCUUGUAACUAGAAGAAACAAAAUUCUUGAAUAACAAAUCCUAUUUAUUCAAUUGAACAAUGAAUCCAAAUUUAAUCAUACACAUACUUCCUUCGAAGUUCAGGAGCUAUUUUGAUAUCAUUUUGCAUCCUGUAAUGAAAUGUAGAUCAAAAUUAUAUAUGUGCUUAAUUUCUUUUGUAUACUUAAUACAAAUACUAUAUAUCAUUGAGUUGUAUAUAAUAUAUUUACCGAACAUUGACAAUGUCAGCAGGAUUCCCAGCAAAACCUCCAAUAAACCCUUCAGAAAAAGAAAAGAAUUUGCACACCUUUCUGGUAGUUGGAAAUUCUCAAAUUCGGGAGGUUUGGCUUUCAUUGUGAACUUUUUCAAACACUUGUACAGUGUUAUUGGCAACUGUUGUUGGAAUUUUUAGUCUGGUUUUCUUGAUGAUAAGAUGUUUCUGAAAUUUGUGUUCUUUCUUCC